AUGUUCGCUCCUCGUGUCCUCAUCGCCAUCAUGGCUUUCGCCUCCGCCACUCUUGCGGAUGGUGAGAACACCACCUGCUGGCUUGGAAACAUUGGCGAGCCCUGCUACGGCCACGGUAACGGCUGCACCCCCAAUGGAGCGAAGGUCCUCUGUGCCGCGCCUGACACCGGCAUCGACGAGAUGAUCUUCUACGAUGCCUGCUACCCUCCCGACGACGCCCCGUUCGCUGAGAAGCGCGACCUGCAGGGCCGCGGUACUUGCCGCUGCCUUGGUCUCACUGGAGAGUCUGACUGUGGUUUGGAGAUUAUGUGA